GGCCAGCGGCGCGUGGAACGUCUGGAUCCCGUCCCAGUUCUGCAGCCGCGCGGGCUGGCACGAGUCGUCUGACUUCAAGGGGCUGAUGAACUCCGCGGACUCGGAUCCCUCCGACCUACAGUAUGAAUGGGUCAAUCGACCCUCGAUGGCGGAGCAUGGGGAACGCCGCGCACCUCCUUGCCCCAGUCGAGCACGACGUACGAGCCGCUGGUUUGGAAUGUCGCCUGGGCGUCCGGACUCGCGACGAGCCCGCUCGCGCCCGCGACUUGGCCGCUGACGGUGCGCACCGACACCGGGCGCACGGUUUUCGACGCCGGCGCGUAGUUGAAUGCGUCCCACGGCCCACUUGGGGCGACGGCGUUGCACAAGGGCAGCGCGAGGCCGAGCCCGAUGGCGAGCUGAUGAGUGCUGAGUUUCCACAUCGCCUGAAUGGCGCUCCAGCCCGCAACUGGGGACUGUUUUAUAGGGCACACCCCAUGACUACUACUCCACCUUCGAAAGUGCGAGAACACUUCUCUGCUGCUGUUGCGCGGGGGCUCCUAGUCCGAAGGACCAAUUCUCGACAUUCGUGGUGGACAUCAUCGGUCUCAGAAAUCAUGUGAUGCCUGACCCCUCAGCUCCAGACUCCUCGAGUCGUUACGGUGACAGCGGAAGAUGAUGGGUCUAGCGUACCAUUGGGCCAUUUCUAUAAUUUGCUCACAGCUCGUUAUUAGCAUUUGUCAGACCUGCCAGAAAAAUCAAACUCACCUCAUAAGUUCUGACGCACCCUGAUAGAUGUCUGCUUGUGACCCGAUAAGCCUCGUCAGCUGAUGU